CAGAGUCUUCCUGUUUGUGAGCAGGUGAGACACACCUGAAGAUCAGAGCAGAGCAGCAGAGCUUUCAGCCUUCAUCCCGAACUCUUCACUCUUUCAUCACGUCACGGUUUCAUUCAGACUCAACCGAACCACUUCCGGUUCUGUGACAGUCACAGCGGAGCGGCGAGACGCGUCCGGAGACGGCAAACGCUUUUCCUCCUGCUACACUGACACUGACUGCAGCUGAGAAUGCCUCCGUCCUCUUCAUCCCUCCUCCUCCUCCUCCUCCUCCCCCUCCCACUCGUGCGGCUCAUCGGAGCGGCGGAGGACGCGGCCUGCAGCGGCUCUUUCCGCGUCGGGCAGGAGAACUUCGUGCUGGACGCGGAGGACGCGGUGAAUGAGGGAGCGGCUCUGCUGUCCACCACGCAUGUGCACUCAGAGGAGGUGUGCACGAGCGCGUGCUGUGAGGAGCCGAGCUGCAACUUGGCGCUGCUGGAGCCGCGCGGCACCGGAGCUGCGGCGGAAAACCGCACCUGCGUCCUGUUCAACUGCGUCCACAGAAACCGCUUCGUGUGCAGGUUCGUGAACCAGAAGGGAUACCUGAGCUACAUCCGGGAGGCCGUGUACCGGAAACACCUGCAGGGGCCGCAGGGGGCAGGUGAGCAGCCUCCGCCCAUCGCCAUCGCAGGCCGUGAUGUCAUUGUUCAGCUUGGCGAGCCGGUGUUACUCAAUGGCAUUCAAAGCCUGGCGCUGGGUAACGCCCACAUCACAGACUAUCACUGGACUGUGAAGAGUGGUAACGGCUCCGUCGGCACAGAGCUGCAGAAGACGGAACUACCUGACCAGGUGCAGGUGUCCUUCCGUCAGCCCGGCUCAUACGUCUUCCAGCUCACCGUCACCGACUCCAACGACCAAUCACACGCUGCCAACGUCACCGUCCUUGUCCUCAGCCAGGAGCUGUCCAGCUUGUACUGUCUGGCUCCGGUGAAGGUCGGCCCGUGUCGAGCUGCGUUUCCUCGCUGGCAUUAUGACGCUGACGCAGGAAAGUGUGAGAAGUUUGUGUUCGGAGGCUGUAAGGCAAACGACAACAACUUCCUGUCUGAGGAGGAUUGUCUGUCAGCCUGCAGAGGAGUCACAGAGACGUCAGAGAGGAGAGUCUCUCCACCUGCUGCUGAGGAGUGUGGAAAGGCGUGUCGCCGCGAUCAGCUGAUUUGUGACAACGGUUGCUGUCUGGACCGAAGUCUGGAGUGUGACAACGUGACACACUGCAGCGACGGGCUGGACGAGAGGCACUGCAGCAAACUGAACAAGACGUUGCACAAGCUGUUGGACAUCGAUGUGAACCUGAGGAAAGCUCGGUGUGCGGAGCCCCCCCGCACAGGUCCAUGUCGGGCCAGUUUCAGCCGCUGGUACUACGACCCUCUGGACAGGAAGUGUUCCCGCUUCACAUACGGCGGCUGUGACGGAAACGAAAACAACUUUGAAGAAGAAGAGAAGUGCAAAGAGACGUGCAAAGGAGUGACUGAGCAUAACGUCUUCUUCAAAGGGUUGUUUGACCGCUUUGAGACGGAGGAGGAAAGUGACUCAGGAAACAUCGCGCUGGCGGUCUGUCUGUCGGUGGCCAUCUUGGCUCUGUUGGCCGUCCUCGCCUACUGUUUCCUCAAGUCCAGGAAGGAGCGCGCCCACCGGCCCGUCCCCACAAGCUCCGCCCACGUGCCGCUGUCAGGGCAGGAAACGACCGUUUACAACUCCACCACCAAACCUGUAUGACGUCACCAGGCCUGUCGCCGUGACGAUCACGGAAGCUGUGUGACGUCAUGAGCAGGUUGAUGUCGUGUUGUGUUUUGUGUGUGAGGGUGUUUUUACAGUGCGUCGGGUUGUGGAUGUUAGUGUGUGUGUGUGUGUGUGUGUGUGUGUGUGUGUGUGUGUGUGUGUGUGUGGGUGGGUCUCAGUGUAAAUAUGAAGAUGUUCUAAUCUCAGGUCGUUUUAAUCUGCUGCCGCCGUGUUUUUGUCUUUUUAACA